AUGGGAGAGCGGAAGGGGAGCUGCAAUUACACCUUUCCCCCAAGAGGUGGUGCCAAAAGCGAGGACAGCUGCUCACGGCCGGGAGCUGCCAGCCGAGGUGAGGGAGAGGGAGGCUUCCACACAGCGCCCUGCCCGCGGGGCAGGGUAAAAGCAUACAUCUUCAUCAUCUGGACCCAUGGGAAGGAGACCCUGGAAGAAUUCCACCAUGAUUUCAACAGCUUCCAUCCCACCAUCAACCUCAGCCUGGACCAAUCUACACGGGAGGUCCACUUCCUAGACACCACCAUACAAAUAAGCGAUGGCCACAUUAACACCACCCUAUACCGAAAACCCACCGACCGCUAUGCCUACCUUCAUGCCUCCAGCUUCCACCCCGGUCACACCACACGAUCCAUCGUCUACAGCCAAGCACCGAGGUACAAUUGCAUCUGCUCCAACCCCUCAGACAGAGACCAAUACCUACAAGAUCUUCACCAAGCAUUCUCAAAACUACGAUACCCACACAAGGAAAUAAAGAAACAAAUCAACAGAGCCAGACGUGUACCCAGAAGCCUCCUGCUACAAGACAGGCCCAGAAGAGAAACCAACAGAACUCCACUGGCCAUCACCUACGGUCCUCAGCUUAAACCUCUCCAGCGCAUCAUCAGUGAUCUACAACCAAUCCUGGACAAUGAUCCCUCACUUUCACAGACCUUGGGAGGCAGGCCAGUCCUCGCCCACAGACAACCUGCCAACCUUAAGCAUAUUCUCACCAACAACCACGCACCGCACCAUAACAACUCUAACUCAGGAACCAACCCAUGCAACAAACCUCGAUGCCAACUCUGCCCACAUAUCUACACCAGCAACACCAUCACAGGACCUAACCAGAUCAGCUACAUCAUCACCGGCUCAUUCACCUGCACGUCCACCAAUGUUAUAUAUGCCAUCAUAUGCCAGCAAUGCCCCUCUGCUAUGUACAUUGGCCAAACUGGACAGUCACUAAGCAAGAGGAUAAAUGGACACAAGUCAGAUAUCAGGAAUGGCAAUAUACAAAAACCUGUAGGAGAACAUUUCAACCUCCCUGGCCAACAAUGGCAGAUGUAAAGGUAGCCAUCUUACAGCAAAAAAACCUUCAGGACCAGACUCCAAAGAGAAACUGCUGAGCUCCAGUUCAUUUGCAAAUUUGACACCAUCAGAUCAGGAUUAAACAAAGACUGUGAAUGGCUAUCCAACUACAGAACUCCUCCCUUGGUGUUCACACCUCAACUGCUAGCAGAGCACCUCACCCUCCCUGACUGAACUAACCUCAUUAUCUCCAUACUGAUUUAUACCUGCCUCUGGAGAUUUCCAUUACUUGCAUCUGAAGAAGUGAGGUUCUUACCCACGAAAGCUUAUGCUCCCAAUACUUCUGUUAGUCUCAAAGGUGCCACAGGACCCUCUGUUGCUUUUUAAGAAAUUAAUUAACUUGCAUUUCAUAUUCUUUCAUGUUUCAUAACAGUAGGCAGUUCCCCCAGUCGCUUUAGCUAGAAUUUCUCCUGCACCCACAGCUGUUCAGCAAGUUCUGUACUAUUAGUUUGCUGACAUCCACCCCAGAGGUUGACUGGAUUUAGUGGUGUGGCACAUUUUUAUGCAAUAUAGUCUGUAAAGUGCUUUGGGGAAGAAAGGUGCUAUCAAAAUAUAAAACAUUGUUAUUAUA